AGAACGGUCCCGCCCCUACCUCUCGCGCAAAUGAGCGAGUGGUGGGCUCUGCCCUACGGUAACGCAAGGAAGGAAAUCUCGCGAGGCUGGAGCUCUCCGGGAGCGCCGGUCGGAGGUGGUCAGCGGAGGUUUACUCUCGGGCCGGUGGCGGGGCUGAGCCCCGCUGGCUCCUCAGCGGCUUCUGUGGUGUUUCUGUCUGGUUAUGCGUCUGCUCGCUGAAGAAGCCGAAUAGGGGCGCGGAGUCUCUUCCCUUGAAUGCAUAGGUCCCGGUUGGUAGAGGCUUUGGGUCCUAAUCGCUACAGCUGACAGCUGCGAGGGAUUGAGAGCGGAAUAUUCCUUUAGAAAUGACUUGCACAAUAGAGAAGGCACUUGCUGAUGCUAAAGCUCUUGUUGAAAGAUUGAGAGAUCACGACGAUGCCGCAGAAUCUCUGAUUGAGCAAACCACAGCUCUCAACAAGCGAGUAGAAGCCAUGAAGCAGUAUCAGGAAGAAAUUCAAGAACUUAAUGAAGUCGCAAGACAUCGGCCACGGUCCACAUUAGUCAUGGGAAUCCAGCAAGAAAACAGACAAAUCAGAGAAUUACAACAAGAGAAUAAAGAAUUGCGUACAUCCCUGGAAGAACAUCAGUCUGCCUUGGAACUUAUAAUGAGCAAGUAUCGAGAACAAAUGUUUAGAUUGCUAAUGGCUAGCAAAAAAGAUGACCCGGGUAUAAUAAUGAAGUUAAAAGAACAGCACUCCAAGAUUGACAUGGUACAUCGUAACAACUCCGAAGGAUUCUUCCUUGAUGCAUCUCGACACAUCCUUGAAGCACCUCAACAUGGACUGGAGAGGAGGCACUUGGAAGCAAAUCAGAAUGAACUACAAGCACAUGUUGACCAGAUAACUGAAAUGGCAGCAGUAAUGAGGAAAGCCAUUGAAAUUGAUGAGCAGCAGGGUUGCAAGGAACAAGAACGGAUAUUUCAACUUGAACAAGAAAACAGAGGCUUGAGGGAGAUCCUUCAAAUAACUCGAGAAUCAUUUUUGAACCUUAGGAAAGAUGAUGCAUCGGAAAGUACUUCUUUAUCAGCAUUAGUGACCAGUAGUGACCUGAGUCUAAGGAAGAGCUGAAGAACUUCCAAGUCUUAAAUGGCUCCAAAUGGUCACUAGGACUGCCCUAUAAGUGAAUGAAGGAAUGAAUGAAUGAACAGAAAACUCAAUCUCAACCCUUUAUUUUUUUUCUCUAUAAUAUGUACAGUGCACUGGCUAGGAGAUAGCAACAAAAAAUGCAUAGUUAAUGGUCAUAGACUUUAUUCCAAAACAUAAUUGAAAAGUAGAAACUGAGCCAUUGUUAAUUGGUGAACAAAUAGAAAAGCUUUCGCAGUGACUGCUGAACAUACCAAGAGCUUUCAGCAGUGCUGCUGGCUUUCUGGAUAAUACUUAAAUAAAUUGAAUAUUCCCAAUAAAUGUUUGGGGAUUCAUAGACUUAUCUCAGUUUAAAAAUAUAAAUUUUUGCCACUGUUUUGUGAAUAGAAGAAGAUUUUCAUAUUAAAUUUUAUCCUUCCUGUUUGGUGUCAGAGUUAACAAAUAGCUUAUGUACCAUGAGACUUCAGCUUUAGUGAUUGCCUGUCUACUUUUCCAUUAACUUAAAUUUUUGUGAAAGAAAAUUCAGUUUUAAAGGCUGUAUGAAUGUUUUAUAUGCAGCAUAUACAAAAGAAGUAAUUUAAUUUUAUCUAAUUUACCUUAACUGAUACCUAGCUAACAAUUGUCCACAACUUGCUUAUGUAUAUGAAAUGUUAUUUCAGGAAUGAAAGAGAAGGAAUACUACUUUCUAAGAAAGAAGAUCUUAUAAUAGACAUUUGGUAGGUUAAACUACUCUUUUGAAAGAAUAAGUUUUGGUUCUAAUUCAAUAACGAAGAUGAGAUUUUUUUCUCUUCUCUGGUUGAUCUUUAAGGAUAUUAAUGUAGUUUAUUUAGCUAACAGAGUUGAAAUGUUUGAUAUAGCAAGGUAGGUAUGGUAAUUUCAAAGUAAAUUGGGAAUUCCUCCGGCUCAUAGAACCCUUUUUUUUUAAGUAAUUACUCUUGAGGUACAGAAAAAGUAAAUUAAAAUUAAAAACAAAAAUUCCAGAUCUAUUUUUAAGCUCCAUCUUGUCCUCAUAACCUGUAAGAUUUUUCUUAUAACCUUUCAGUUGAAAGAGGAAGAAAAUCUAUUGAUUUAGAAGUAUUUGUUUUCUUUUUAAAAAAAAAAAAUCAAAUAUAUAGUAUGUAAAUUUUUUUAAAGACCACCAGAUACAGAAAUGUGCUUUAAUGUCAAUUGAAAGCUAAAUUUUUCUUAUGUUGUGGGGAUUAUAGAAUAAGAGUAUCAAAUAUAAUUAAAUAUAUUAUACUUAUUUAUAAUAAAUAUAUAUUAAAAUUAGCACAGAUAGAAAAUUCCACUUUUGAAUAUAUAAUUUGUUAAAAAUAUUACUUCACAUGGUAAUUUUUAUGUAUAAUUUCAUAUAUUGGUAAAAUUCAAAACUACUUUUCACUUCAGAAUUUUUCUAUCUUAAGUUUGGGUGAAUGGGGUGGAUGGGGCUGAUUGAAAAGGGCUAAUGGCCCAAACAUUAAGUAGAUUUCUUUUCUCAUUCAGAGGCCUUAAUUGAUUAUUUUAUAAAUAAAUGACAGUUUUUAUUUUUUAACUUUUCUAUUGGUUUUUUGGAAAGUAUCCCUUAAUUUAAUGGCACAUUCAUUCAAAUAGUUUUUAUCCCUGGUAAGAAUUACAGAAAAUAAGCUACACAAUUGGGAUUAAGUCUGAGGCAAUUCAUUGAGGCAGCUCUAUUAUAAAACAUUACUUGAUAAAUAAUUAUUUUUGUAAAUAAAUAAGUUGAGUUAUUUAUUCCUGGUUUUUUUGCUUGGAUAUAAUUUUAAGACCUCGGUGUUAAAGACAUUUACUUUGUUUUCCAUCCUGUACUUUUUUUGUUGUGAAACAGAACCUGAAAUUUAUGUCUGAGAGUAUGUACUGCAUAGGAGCCUAUUUUAUCAAUAAAGAUGAGUGAUUAAAAUUGA